AUGGACCCCCACUCAACACGUUCGCAGUUCAACCAACGGACACCAAAAGCUGGGCCAUAUAUGCCUCAGAUGCGAUACACAGACCCAAAUCCAAAACUUUCGAUCGAAAGCUACGCAAAAUCGAAAUCGCCACGCCCCGACGGUCGGGCUGCCGAUUCCAUUUCCCUGUUGAUCCAACGGCCAAUUGCGACCAAUUCUCGAGUGAAGCAGGAUGAACAGUUCAAGAAGGAUAUGUACAUCGCAUUUAUCAAUAAAGCAUUACAAGGGAAGCUCGACGGUCAGAGCAAAGAUUUUGAUGACCUAGUCGAUCAAUUCAACCCUCGAAAAGCCAGGGAAAGCGCGACCUCGUCGUCGCAGCUACGACUAUGGAUCCUGGCACUGUCACACGUGCUCUCUCGACUUGAGAGACGCCAUUCGCCCUUGGUCGAAGCUAUCGUUAACCUCCCGUGGACUACCAUGGAUGCCGCAUUUGUGAAGACAUACACCGAGUUUAUCGGAAUGCUUCUCAGUGCCAGGCCCGAAUACCUCUCCCUGAUGCUUGGCAGGCUUACUCAGGGCCUAACAUACCAAUCAGGACUGCAAGCACUCAAUGCCAAUGGACCGGAGGGUUCCGAAAGCCCCUUGACGCGGAGGGUCAUCUACGAUCGUCUACAUUACCUCCUCGGUCACUUGCUCUCUCUCAUCCCAACACUGCCGUCAACCCUACAGCCUCUACUCGUUCGUAAUUUCCCUCACAAGCGUCAACCUCAGGCAGCGCAAGUAACCUAUAUUCGCAAUCUGCUACGAGUAACUGAAUAUUGCUCUGCAUUGUCGGAUCGAAUAUUGGCACUAAUCAUAGACCGUGCUUUGCAAAUAGACGUUGAGAUCCAGGUAGAGCUUGAGGAACUCGAGGAAAAAGAGGGCGGCCUAGGAAACGCAGACGUUUUUGAAUUUGACCCCUUUGACGUCGUCGUCGGGCAGGAAGGAGACGAAGACUCUGAUGAGGAUGGAGAUGAAGAUGAGGAUUCCGCAAGUGACUUUUCAUCCCAUGACAGUGACGACAGCGGAAACAAUAAUCCGGAUCUACCAGCCAACGCACAACACAUUCAAGACAUGGUUGACAAACUCGACUCAAUUCUGAAAGUAGUAUUUGACCACUUUAACCGCUUACAUUCGACCGCGGAAGUCACCGUAUCUCCAAGAUCCGAUACAUCACUAUCGCCACCCACUUCUCCCCGCCCGUCUUCGCCGAUAUCCGCUGAAGCAGGUCGAGCCGUGCGAGAUGCACAAUUCCACGCCUUGCUUGCCAUUUUUGAUCGCACCAUCAUUCGUACCUUCAAAUCUCGAUACACCCAGUUCCUCAUCUUUUGGUACUCUUCUCUAGACUCAGAGUUUAGCGACCUCUUCCAGGGAUUGCUGGUAGAAAAGGCGCUUCUCGGACAGGACGUUCCGGCAGUGACUCGCGCAGCUGCAGCAAGUUACAUCGCUUCCUUCGUUAGCCGUGCACAGUUCGUAGAUCGCGAUGCCACGCGUUGCGUCGUCGGCGUCUUGUGUACAUUUUUGAAGAGCCAUCUAGAUGCGUUUGAUAAUGUCAUUCAAGCAGGAGAGGAACUACCGAGUAUGGCACACCACAGCCUGUUCUACGCCAUUGCACAGGCAGUAUUUUUGAUCUUUUGUUUCCGGUGGAGAGAUCUCGAGGAGGAAUUCGACGAGUCGGAGGAGUAUCAGAGUGGGAAGAAAUGGAUGAGUGAUCUGAACGUCAUUCAGCGGGUGAUUACGUCGCCGCUUAAUCCGCUCAAGGUCUGCUCGCCCAACGUCGUCAUGCAGUUCGCCCGUGUCGCCAAAGCAACCGACUUUGCGUACUGCUACUCGAUACUCGAGGCAAACAAACGCUCAGAGUAUAAUAUUAAUGCAGGCAGCAUACCGAUUCUGCCCAAGGUUGUCAACGAGGAAUUCUUACAAACAGAACUGCACACAUUUUUUCCGUUUGAUCCAUACAAGCUCCCUCGGUCAAGUUCGUACAUCCAAGGCGUGUACCGUGACUGGGCUUCUGUCGCGAUCGAUGAGGACGAGGAAGAAGAGGAUGCUGAGGAAGAAGACGGUCUCGGCGACGACUACGUACUAAGUAGUAGGAUACCAGAUGUUGGUCUCACGUCCACCGGUGGACUCGGCAUACCCAGUCACUCACGAUCAAGUUCAGACGCUGGCGGUCUCGGAGAGUCGUUCGGUGGGAUGAGUAUCAGCCCUCAACCGCAAUCCGUAGUUAUGGUUUCCUAG